CGGCGCUUCGCUCUCCAUCGGUGGCGCGCGCAGCUGCCCAGCUCCCGGAAGUGCGCCCGAGUCGGCGCCGCGGGCCGAGCACUCAGUAUCAUCCUCUCUUUAGCAUUCCUGAGAGGAUUUGGUUCUUCCCAGAGACAAUCCCACCUCAGAAACACUUCUCCUAAAAGAACUUGUGAAGCCAGACAAUGCCCAUUGACCUGAGGCAGGCCCUAGGCCUGCUGCCCUCAUUGUCGAGGAGUGAAGACUUUUCAUUCUCUGGACCAGAUGCUGCCCCUCAAGGGGAGCUCUCCAGCCCUGAGACUGCACGCCAGCUCUUCAGACAGUUUCGUUACCAGGUGCUGUCUGGGCCCCACGAGACUCUGAGACAACUUCGAAAGCUCUGUUUCCAGUGGCUGCGGCCAGAGGUUCAUACCAAGGAGCAGAUCCUAGAGAUUCUCAUGUUGGAGCAGUUUCUGACCAUUCUCCCUGGAGAGAUCCAGAUGUGGGUGCGGAAACAGUGUCCAGGCAGUGGAGAAGAAGCAGUGACGCUUGUGGAGAGCUUAAAAGGAGAUCCGCGGAGACUGUGGCAGUGGAUCAGCAUUCAAGUUCUAGGACAGGAAAUCUUAUCUGAGAAGAAGGAAUCCUCCAUAUGCCAGGUGGGUGAAGUGGAGCCCCAGCUUGAAGUGGCACCUCCAGAGUUGGGACUUCAGAGUACAUCCACAGGACCUCGGGAGCUGCUCAGUCACAUGGUGAAAGAGGAAUCUGAAGUGGAACCAGAAUUAGCUCUGGCUGCUUCCCAGCUUCCUGCCCAACCUGAGGAAAGGCUCAUUAGAGACCAGGACUUUGGAGCUGCACUUCUCCCUGCUGCCCCUCAGGAGCACUGGAGACACCUGGAUUCCAGUCAAAAGGAGCAAUACUGGGAUCUCAUGCUGGAGACCUAUGGGAAAAUGGUCUCAGGAGGCAUUUCCAACACUAAACCUGACCUGACUAAUUCAACAGUAUAUGGGGAAGAGCUGACAGGACUGCAGCUUCAUGUCAGUGAGAAGAUCCCACGACUCACUUGUGUAGGAGAUAGACAAGAGAACGACAAAGAGAACUUGAACUUGGAAAAUCACAGGGACCAGGAACCGCUGGUUGCUUCAUGUCACACCUUGGGUGAGGCACUUCCUCAGCCUGCCUUGAAGGACUUCUUCAGUGAAGAUGACUCUGGACACUUUGGAGAAGGAGAAAAUCUUCCUGAGGCACCAGAAAACCUUCAGGAUGAGGGGGCAGGGGAACAACUCUCUCCUCAUGGAAGGAGUUCUGAGAAGCAAGUAGGUCAGUCUAUGCCAAAUCCACCUCCAGCAGAACUGUCUGCCAUGUGGUUGGAGGAGAAAAGAGAGGCCAGUCAGAAGGGGCAGCCUCUAGCCCCCAUGGCCCAGAAACUCCCCACCUGCAGGGAAUGUGGGAAAACCUUUUAUAGGAAUUCACAGUUGGUUUUUCACCAAAGAACUCAUACCGGAGAGACAUACUUUCAGUGCCCCAUCUGCAAAAAAGCCUUUCUGCGGAGCUCAGACUUUGUUAAACAUCAGAGAACGCACACAGGAGAGAAGCCCUGUAAAUGUGAUUACUGUGGGAAAGGCUUUAGUGACUUCUCAGGAUUGCGCCAUCACGAGAAAAUCCACACAGGAGAGAAACCCUAUAAAUGUCCCAUCUGUGAGAAAAGCUUUAUUCAGAGGUCAAACUUUAAUAGACAUCAGAGGGUUCACACAGGAGAGAAACCUUAUAAAUGUUCCCACUGUGGCAAAAGUUUCAGCUGGAGCUCAAGCCUCGACAAACAUCAGAGAUCCCACUUAGGAAAGAAGCCUUUUCAGUAGCCAUGCUCGCUCAGACCCUGUGUGUCCCCAGCUCUAUUUUAAAAAUGCUCAAUCCCACCUGGAGGAACAGCAUUUCUAAGAGGAUAUCUUGUUCUCUCUUUUCAUGGAUUGGAGGGAGAGAACCUGGACAUGGUUUUGGAUUAGAAGGUGUAUCAAGCUCUGGAUCUGAUUUUACAGUGGCUUAAAUUCUUGCUUCUUUAUCAGGAGAAAGAAUAGUUUUUUUGUUUCAGGCCAUCUCUUCUUUUGGACCCGAUGCAAAGUUUCACUCAGAGGUUGGUUUUAGAAGUGCUCCCUGGAGAGAGAUUAACCAAGUGGCUGCAAUCACUGCUUGUGGGAAGAACCUCAAAUCAGCCCUUGAGGAUUGGGGUUCUAGAGCAGGUAUCCUGUUGCAGAAGGGGAGGCAUAGAGGGCCAGUGAGCUCACAUGGGUAAAAAAGUUAACUUCAAGUGUCUUUGGUUUGAAAUAAACUUGGUUGAGUCACUCCCUAA